CUUCUUCUGGCCUCUCUACGAGAUUUGUUUCGAGAUCUCAACAUUUGUAGGUGACGAUGGCGCUUCGUGCUACUCAAUCGACUGCUCGUAUAGCGGCACGCGUGGGUCGGACUUUCUCAACAGACGCGGUGGUGGAGUCGGAUUGCAAGCGUGGCGAGAUCGGCAAGGUGUCCGGAAUCCCAGAGGAGCAUCUCGCACGAAAGGUGAUAAUAUAUUCGCCUGCUAGAACAGCGACCCAGCAAGGAUCUGGGAAACUUGGGAAAUGGAAGAUCAACUUCGUCUCCACCCUCAAGUGGGAGAAUCCAUUGAUGGGGUGGACUUCUACGGGUGACCCUUAUGCCAAUGUUGGUGACUCCGCUCUUGGUUUUGAUUCUGAGCUAGCUGCCAAGUCCUUUGCUGAUCGUCAUGGCUGGGACUUUGUGGUCAAGGCGCCCAAAACACCCUUAUUGAAGGCCAAGUCUUACUCUGACAACUUCAAGUGGAAAGGCAAACCUCAACUAGAGAACUGAUCUCCUUCUUCUUCCAUUUCUCGAACAAAAGGAGAAGCCCCCACUUGAUUGAUAUAAAGAAAGGCUCUCUCAUGUUUUAUUCGCUAUUUACCAUGUGUGAGCUUUUUUUCUAAACUAUUAUCCAUGGUUGGAUUCUCUUCUUUUUUUU